UAGGGUUGAGGCAUGGGAGGAGCUUGCCCAAACUCAAAUAAACACUGACAUGCAGCAUCUUAUGAGGAUGUGCAGCCUCCACAGGACACACUGCAACAGCUGGAAGGACAAGGAUUGAAACUCUCUGGCAAGAUGAUAAAGUCCUUCAAGCAAACGUUCCUGUCCCUGGACCUGCAGUCCCCUCGCUGGAGCUCAGCAGAGGCAAAGGCAAAGGACUAUGAACUGCGUCAGUACGAGACAGCAAAGUGGGUCAGCACAGUCAUUAAGGGAGAAACCCAGAAGGAAGCCAUGCGCCAGGGCUUCUGGAAACUCUUCCACUACAUCCAGGGAAAGAAUGAAAGAGAAAUGAAGAUUGACAUGACUGUGCCAGUGACCUGCCUGGUAAAAUCAGGCUGCACAGACUUCAAGAUCUCUUUCUUUGUGCCAUUUGAACAUCAGGACUGCCCCCCUCAGCCCACUGACUCUGAUGUGUUCAUUGAGGAGCGGAAGGCAGCAGCUCUCUUUGUCCGGUCCUUUGGUGGAUUUGCCUCCCCAGAGAAGUAUGCUGAGGAAGCUGAUGCCUUGGCCAGAACCUUAAGAAACAGAGGCCAACCAUUCCAUGAAGACUUCUUUUAUACUGCAGGCUAUGACAGUCCCUUCAAGCUCUUUAACAGGCAUAAUGAAGUGUGGUAUUUUAAAAAGUAACACUACAGGGGAUAUUGAGAGGGUACUAAGCAGCUCUGGAUGAAAACAGACCUUGUUAAUGGCUUGUAUUUUAGUGCAGAAGAGCUUUAAUUCACAUGUCCAAAUUUAAUUCACAAUGUCCAAAUUUAUUUUCUCUAGUAUGAAUAACUUUUCUGGAUAAAAACAUUUCAAAAUGUAAUUCAAGAUCAUACCAGGUGGAGCAGGCAGGAUACAUAACAAACUUACUCCUCUUAUUGAAAGGUUUUAAGCAACACAAAUAAUGUGAAAAUCCUGCUGAAUUUUAAGUAUGUAGCUUUAUUUCUCAUUAGAAGUGCUACAGGGCUAGUUGAAGCAUUAUGGAAAAGGAGUUCUUCAUAACUGACUUUCAUAAGCUGGCUUUCCUCAUACUGACAUCACCCGAGAGCAGGGAGGAAUUUAAAUGACUUUUUCAGAGAAGCAAGCUUCCAUUAAGGAGCAUUAGAAAACAAGUAUCUUAGCAGGCCUUAGUGACUCAUAAACAGUAACUGUUGUUAAUUAGUUAAGUAGUAUUAUCAAAAUCUCCCACUUCUCCAACUUUUUUCCCUUGUGAAGACCAAAUGUUGUGUAGUUUAAAUCCAGAAUCCUUGGAAAAGAUUACCAAGUCCAAGCUGUACACCUGUUCUGAGAGGAUCUGCACCUGAAUAUGUAUUACCAGGAUUACUGGUGGACUAUUACUUCAGUAGCAAAUAUACAAGUAUUAAGUUUAGCUCUCUCCUUAAAACACUUGAAAUACUCUAAGUUAUUUAGCUUUGUCUAAAAUAUGGUCACUUGCAGCCUGCACACCAGCAGUAUUUGACACCUCAGUUAAGAAACCUGAAGGACAAGCAUCAAGCCUAGUUUAGUCUCUGCUCUAAAUUUAGCAUGUUAAAUCUUAAUAUAGUAGCCUGGAGGUGUUUUGCAUCAAGUUGUUCCAGACAGAAAGGUCACAACACCAGGUAGAGUU